AUGGAGCUCACUAGGUUCCUUGCUGCCCUGGCAGUCAUCCUGCCCCUUGCCUACAGUGCCCCCACUGAGGCCGUGACAAGGCUGCACCCUGAGAUCCUAGCUGCCAUGAAGCGGGACUUGGGCCUGAACACCGAGCAGGCUACUGCUCGUGUUGCCCGGGAGAUCCAGGCGACUGAUGUCAUUGACCAGCUGCGCAACUCCGUGGGUGCUCAGUUCGCCGGUGCUUGGGUUUCCAACGAUGGAAACACCAUCAAUGUCGGUGUCACUGACGAAUCCUUGACUGCUGAAGUGACUGCUGCUGGUGCCACUCCUGUCGUCUUGGCCAACAGCUUCACCAAGCUUGAAGAGGCCAAGUUGGCGCUUGACAACAUCGAUAUUGACCAGGCGAGUGCUCUCGACACAACCUCAUCCGGGUCGGGCAUUGCCUCGUACUACGUUGAUGUUGUGGCCAACAAGCUCAUCCUGGAGGCACUGGCAGACAGUACCGCCCGUGCCGAGGAGCUGGCCGCACAGGUCGGACUCACUGCCUCUGAGUUCGAAGUGCGCGUGGUUGAUUCCCUGCCUACAACUUUCGCCACGGUCCAGGGCGGCGACGCCUACUACAUCAACCGAAGCGCUCGCUGCUCUAUUGGCUUUUCCGUCACAACCGGCUUUGUUUCGGCUGGUCACUGCGGCAGUGUAGGUGCUUCUGCCACCAACUCUGCUGGUGCGGCCCUUGGAACCUUCUCUGGUUCCGUCUUCCCAGGCAGCGCCGACAUGAGCUUCGUCCGCACUGUCAGUGGAACCACCCUCACGGGUUAUAUCAACAACUACAGCGGCGGUAGACUCCCUGUCUCUGGCAGCACCGCGUCUGCGGUUGGCGCCAGCAUCUGCCGCUCCGGCUCUACCACUGGUGUCCACUGCGGCACCGUCCGCGCCCUCGGUGUUACUGUCAGCUACUCCCAAGGACGUGUCACCGGACUCACCCAGACCAGCGUUUGCGCCGAGCCCGGUGACUCCGGCGGUUCCUUCUACUCCGGCGCGCAGGCCCAGGGUGUCACCUCAGGAGGUUCCGGCGACUGCACUUCAGGUGGUACAACCUUUUUCCAGCCAGUCAACGAGAUCCUGUCCACCUACGGUCUCACACUGGUCCGAGCAUAA